AUGAAGGAGGCAGUGCGUGCCGCGCUGGCACAACAUGCCGAGGACACCGGAGAAGCUGCCAUCCAGGAAGCGGUGCGAGCUGUUGGAGGGGCAUUGGCUACUCAUGCGGAGGACAAGCAUGCUGCCGAAGUUGAGGAAAACAUCCGGAUCGCGGGCGAUGCUUUGGUGAGACAUGCAGAGGCCAACAAGGCAGAGGAGGACAUGAAGGAGGCAGUGCGUGCCGCGCUGGCACAACAUGCCGAGGACACCGGAGAAGCUGCCAUCCAGGAAGCGGUGCGAGCUGUUGGAGGGGCAUUGGCUACUCAUGCGGAGGACAAGCAUGCUGCCGAAGUUGAGGAAAACGCCCGGGCUGUGGGAGAUGCCCUGGUGAAACAUGCUGAGGCCAACAAAGCAGACCAGGACAUGAAGGCGGUAAGUGCAGCACUGGCACAACAUGCGGAGGCCACGGGAGAGGCUUCUAUCGAGGAUGCAGUGCGAGCUAUUGGAGGUGCUUUGGCUACUCAUGCGGAGGAGCAGCUGGCCACAGCCGAAGAGCCUCCGCCCCCACUGCCGCCCUUCGUGCCAAAGCCUACGGAUGAUGAUGAUGUCUACGGAAAGGAAGCUGUUCCAGAGUUGCCUCCCCGGCACUUCAAGGAGAUGCAGGAUGAGGAGGAGCAGUCGAUCGUCUCGGAGAUGUCACCGACGACACAGCACUUUGUGCGCCUCACCACCCAAGACAUGCUGGGAGGGAGCCAGGCAGAGGCCACGAUUAUCCAGUCGGAGGCCUCUCCCACCUACCUGCACAUCUCGGAGCGUGAGAUGUUGGGUCAGGAGAUGCCAGCGAAGCCAGGUACUCCCCAGAGCGUCGGUACCGAGGCCAGCUUCGAAGAGCAGGUAGCUCGUCUGCAGCUGCCUGAUGUUCCUGGUGGUGGUGUCGAGCCAGGACAGCAGUCCGAAGAGCUGGAAGAGGACGUUUUCCCGCCGGAAUCCAGGCCUGUGGCGGUGAGACCGCCAGCUGGAUCAGGACUGGCAGCAGCUUGCCAGCGCCGUCUGAUAAACACAGGCCUGAUUGAGCAAUAUGAGCAACAAAGCGCAGCCAUCGAGGCUGGUGUCGAUCGACGGCCGUGCACAAAGCUGGCCACCGUCUCUAGCUUGCCGGCUAUAUCUCUCGAUCCGAACAAGGUGGCAGAUGAGACCAAGCGUGUGCUACGCUUGAACUACCAUAGGGUCAUCAGCCCUCCGACUGUGUACCAGAACUACAAAAGGGCAGCUGUGGACAUCGACUUGCAGGGCGAGGAGGUCCGACUCCACACAGAUCCUGUUCUCCAGGAGCGGCGGUUCGUGCGGCAACGAGCCCGAGACCUCAGAGGGCAACUCUUUCCUGUCUCCAGCCACAACCAAAGUCUCAUGACCCCAAAUUGGAGCCCUAAGUUAUCUUAA